AUGGGUCACGAAAAUAUUUGGUGUAGUCACCCCAAAAAGUAUGGACAAGGAUCGAGAAGAUGUCGAGUGUGCUCGAACAGGCAUGGAUUGAUCCGUAAAUAUGGCCUCAACAUGUGCCGUCAGUGCUUCAGACAAUAUGCCGGUGAAAUCGGAUUUAAAAAGGUUUUUUUAAUUUGUUUAUCUAAUGGCUAA